CAGAGUCCGCAGGAGCAGCAAGUGGUCUUGUUUGUUCUGUGCGUUUGCGUGUGUCAGAGCGGGGCCGAAACCCUCUGCUAUUCUCUGGCGGAGGAAAUGGAGAGGGACUCCUCUGUCGCCAAUAUCGCAAAAGACUUGGGCGUUUCUCCGAGCCAGCUCGCGUCUCGCAAGGCCCGCGUUGUGUCUGAGGGGAACGAGCAGUAUUUCCACCUCAGUCUAAAUACCGGAGUCCUGACGGUAAAGGAGACGCUGGACCGAGAGGCGAUCUGUCCGCAGAGCGAUAUCUGCACACUCUUCUUUAAGAUAUUCUUUGAAAAUCCGGUGCAGCUGAUCCGAGGGGAGGUGGAGGUUCGUGACAUGAACGACAACUCCCCCGUGUUCCCGGAGAAGGAAAUGGUUUUAGAGAUUCUGGAAACGGCAUCCCCUGGGUCUCGUUUCCCCCUAGAAAGAGCACGCGAUAAGGACGUGGGGAGCAACGGCUUGCAGAACUACAGCCUCGGAUCCAAUUCACAUUUUUCCCUGGCUCUCGGAACAGGGAAAGGUGGAGCAAAAUACCCCGAACUCAUCCUACAGAGGCAACUGGACCGCGAACAGCAGAGGGAGGUGAAUUUACUACUGACCGCCACCGACGGGGGCACGCCGCCCAAGUCGGGCACGGCUCAGGUCCGGAUCGUAGUGCUGGAUGCCAACGACAACAUCCCGGUCUUCUCCCGGGAAGUCUACGAGGCCCGCGUGGCCGAAAACAGCCCCCCAGAGCAGCUGGUGGUCAGGGUCACGGCCGCGGAUCCCGACGAAGGGUCCAACGGCAGAGUGCGGUAUGCCUUCACACAGACAUCGGAGCGGUACCGCCAGCUCUUCGAGCUGAACGCUGCCACCGGAGAGAUCCGGGUCUCGGGCAACCUGGACUUUGAGGAAGUAGAAAGCCACGAGAUGGUGGUCAAAGCCACCGACGGCGGGGGGUUGUCUGCGCAUUGCAAAGUGCAUGUGGAGGUGCUGGACGUGAACGACAACGCCCCGGAGAUAGCGCUCACCUCCCUCACUGCCUCCAUCCCCGAGGACGCCCCGCCCCGGACCGUGGUGGCCCUGUUCAGUGUGCGGGACCGGGACUCGGGGGACAACGGCAGAACGGAGUGCGCGAUCGAGGGCGAUUUGCCCUUCAGUCUCACCCCCACUUUCGACAAUUACUACGAGCUGCGCACAAACGCGGCCCUGGACAGGGAAAGGACGGCGGAGUACAACAUCACCAUCACCGCCAUGGACUGGGGCAGAUCUCGGCUGAGUUCUCGGGAAAGCAUCUUCGUGCAGAUAUCCGAUGUGAACGACAGUCCCCCGGAGUUCACAGAGAAUGUUUACACCAUAUCAGUGAACGAGAACAACAACCCCAUGCUCCGGAUCGGCAACGUAAAUGCCACGGACGCCGACACGGGUAAAAACUCCCGUGUGAGCUACGCGCUGGUGCGAGAGAAGGGCAAGGAGCAGCCCAAUGUGUCGAUCAACUCUGAAAACGGGGACGUUUACAUCCUCCGCCCGCUAGACUACGAAGAGGUGCAUGCCUUCGAGGUGACCGUGCGCGCCGCUGACGGGGGCUCGCCGGCGCUCAGCGCCGAGGCGCUGCUGCGGGUGCUGGUGCGGGACGAGAACGACAACGCGCCCGUCGUGCUGCACCCGCCUCCCGACGGCAGCGCGGCGGCGGGCGAGCUGGUGCCGCGCUGGGCGCAGGCGGGUUACCUGGUGGCCAAGGUGGUGGCAGUGGACGCGGACGCGGGGCAGAACGCGUGGCUGUCCUACGAGCUGGCCAAGGCGACGGAGCCGGGGCUCUUCCGCGUGGGGCUGCACAGCGGCGAGGUGCGCACGGCGCGGGCCGUGACCGAGCGCGACGCGCCCAGGCACAGGCUCGUCGUGCUGGUGCGAGACCGCGGGCAGCCGCCGCGCUCCGCCACCGCCACCCUCGCCAUCGCCCUGGUGGACGGCUUCUCCGAAGCCCACUUGCGGGUGAGCGAAGAGGCGCCGGCCGCCGAUCCCGACGGGCGGCUCACUCUGUACCUCAUUAUCUGCUUGGCCUGCGUGUCCGCGCUGUUCCUGGCCACCGCGGCGGCCGCCGUGGUUGUGAAGGUGCGGCGGGCCAGGCAGAGCAUGGCGGGGUCCUUGCCCACUUUCCCGAAAUCUGCCGCUGAGAGCAGCGCUGGAUCCUUGCCCCGUAGCUACGUGUACGACGUCUGCUUCGCCGCCGGGACCGUCAACAGCGAGUUCCGCUUCCUUAGGCCCCUCUUCCCCUGCUUCCCAGCUGGGCUGCCCCACGGCCCGGGCGACCAGCGGAGCUCGGUGUGCUCGGCCAGCCUCGGGGAAGAAGUCGACUGGGCUGCACAGGGUCGAGUUCCCCUCUCCGAAGGCACGGGUCCCAGGCCAGCAGAGGAAAAUGCCAGUUCUGAUCAAAAUCCUUGGCUCACCCAUCAGUAA